AUGUCGUUUCAAGGGGCUGGCAUCCCAUCGGAGCCGCAGCGUCGACAGAAUUCUAGCUGCGAUCCUUGUAGGCGCUCCAAACGCCGCUGCUUUUUCUCCUCUCAUGCAUUCACCGACGCAAAUGCCUCCUGCGCGCAUUGCACACGACUCGGGCAUACAUGUACAUUUAAUUUCGCCUCAUCCCGGUUGAACUCUCGACCAAAAAAACGACAACGCCAACUUGAAAAUAACUUGAAUUCAAGGCCGAACCAAAUUCCAACUUUUAACGACCAAACACCAUUCGACGACCCGGUGGAUACGCCUCGAAGAUCCCUGAACAGUACAUCUGAAUUCACUUCUACGGACACCCAUGAUGAUUUCGUUGCGUGGCUCAAUUUUGACAUCGACGAUUACUUGGCGAGUGAUUUACACUCCACCACUACACCCGAGCCAGCGUUGUCAGGCCCACAAAUCUCAUCUGACUCGCAAAAUGAUAGGAUGCUUUCUGUUUUGCCGACUGAAUCGCAGGCAGUACAGCGUCUCCCAUACGGGAGAGAAUUUGUACCGGGAAGCUCGCCCCGCAGUCCCAUUCAUUUAUUAAAUUCAAGAUUAGACGCCAGCAUCCUCGACGAGCGACUUAUAAGCAUAUACGAAGCGAUUCUAACUGGGUCUGCGAAACGCUUCCUAGAUUGCGACACUAAUCUAUAUGCAACGGGAAUUCGUUACGAGAUAGAGAACAGCAGGCAUGAAAGCUCGAAUGAGCCAACACCAGUCACGAAUCCAUCCCCCUCGGAUAAAGAUGAAUCUAACUCUCCUUCGCACUCCUUUAAUACAUCAGGGCAAUUGCAGGCUCGGAUGAAACCAGGUUUCUCUGGGGGUCAGACGCGCAGAGAAGGCAAUGGCAUGACGAUUGUGGGAUGUGCAAGGUUCCUGGACCACUUUGGGGAUCUUUAUGGAAAUAGACUGAGCCAAGCUUCGAAACGAAGGUCCGACACGGCCCUCAGGGCUGCACUGCGAUUGUUUGCUCUGCAAUGGCUACCUAUCACUGGGUCUGAAGUCGACCGUUGGGCUUCUCCAAGUGACGCCACCGUUGCCAGACUUCACGAGAAAAAGCCACCACGGAGCUCUCCAUGUGAGUUCUAUACUGAUGCAUGGAACCAAGCCCGGAUGGCCAUCGAUGAGGCAAGAUCUGUUCGGUCUUUUCGAGCUGUUUUUGCAGCCUUUAUCUUCGACGGAACCGCCAUUCCCAUCAGCGCUCGCAAUGAUUCGAGGGAGACAAGUAUAGAGCAUGAAAUUCUCGUUAUUGGUCUGCAGAAGCUACAUGAACUAGAUAAGCUUGUUCAGGAUUACUGCACUGCCCUAGGACCAUUCUCUCAAUACGGCGCUCUUGCAGAAGCCAGCCUCACUCUAGUGCGUUGGAGUGGGUAUAUUCGUGACACCGGAGCUGCUUUGAUGUCAAAUCACCAGUGCCGACUUCCAGAUCCUCUUCACGAUAUGAAUACAUUUAAUCGUGACAACUCAGCCCCAUCAACAUUUUUCUCGGAGAGUCCGGGAGAAUACGACCGCAAAAUCCCAGAAAUAUGUCGAAUGAUGGCAUCGGAGGCUUUCUUUAUUUGGAGGCGGAUUGCGGAUUUGAAGAAUGACCUCCAGCGUUCCUAUAAGAACCCCCAGGGUCUUGGCUCCGAAAUUCUCGAUUCGGUCAAUUAUGUGGUAAAUCUGAUUGGAGCUUUCAAUGAGAAGGUUCGACCUUUCAUCGAGCGCUGCAGAGCAAAUUUCUAUGAUCUUUCUAUGCCAUCAAGGGUAUCCUGCGUCUCCCUUGUUGUGCCAUGGGAUAUGGGGGUCCUUGUCCUUGCAGACUCUUUGGGUCCUCAUAUUAAUUCCAUGUUAAAUGACUGUGCGCAAGACUUCGGUCAACCUAUACGACAAUAUCAGCGCGAAGCGGCUUUUUCCGUCGCACAGACAGCUAGACGGGUGCUUGAUUUGCCCAUUGAGGAGGCGUUCAAUCUGCAAAAUGGACUUGCGUCUGAAGCUCCAAUCACCGCCUAUCAUGUGACCCCAAGGAUCAUGACAACGAGUAUCGAGAAAGCCGUGGUAUACUUUGCCCGACUUCAAGUUUCCAGGGGGACUGGAAUUUGGGAUUUUGAUAAUGACGCCAAUUGUCUCCCAGGUGAUCUAUGGCAUGAUCAAAUUGAUUGUCUCAUGAAGGGCCUUCUAUCUCUCGAGGUAACCGUUGGAGGAUCUCAAGAAGCUGGGCAGGUUUUGAAGUCCUUAUUGUAUAAGUAUGGGGAUAUCAUAUCGGAAUGCUGGUCUAAUGAUUUUGACACAUAG